AUCUCAAUCUCAGUCACUAGGGUCAAGUGGCCAGAAGGUUACCUGAAUUCUUUAUUCAUGUCUCCACUUCCUCCUUCUAGGUAGGCAGAAAUAAAUAAUAAUGGCAGUCUGAACUGAAACCUUUUCAGUUGCUCAGUGAACAGAACAGCCUGUUUAUAUUGAAUACUAAACAUAAUAGAAAAGCAUUUUUGUGUUCAUUUGCUGACCCAUAGGAUUACCUGACAUCUCCCUGAGAACUAAACUCGACAACACUGCCCAGUCUUCACAAGCAAUUGCUGAGUUUUCUAACUCUGGAUGAAAGUGAAUGUUUCACCACUGCCUACUAUAGGAAAUACUAUAGGAAAUAUUGUUUUCCUAAUUUAUUUUUCUAUGAUCCCAUCUGAUGUAGUGAUAAUAAUGAUUUUCCUCAGAUAUGUUUUCCUAUUAUACUAUGCUCUAUUAAUCUGCAUCUGGCCUGCAGUGUACAUGUGCUGUAACAUUCAGGUGCAGCAAAAUGGCAGUUGGUCACAUGGUAUGCGCACUUCCUGUUAUAUACCCAUGAUCCCUUGCAAAGUAACAGUUGGUUGCAACGAGCCUGGUUGUCUUUGGUGCUGCACCAGCAUUUUGCGAUUUUGGAGAUUUGAGCGACUUCCAAAGCGAUUUUUUUUACAGUGAGAAGAAAAGAACUUAUCCAGGAUGGACUCUACAAUCAAUAUGAUCAAGCAAAUAAGAUCUCAGCUUGAGGAGGACAGCAGGAUGGAAACACAUGAGAGGGUUAAGAGAAAGAGGGAGCAAAGCCCAGAGAUAAACAACAAAAGACCCCACCAAAAGACAGAGCGAGCAAGGGAGAGGAGAAGGAGGAAGAGGGAGAGGAGGAGACAGAGGCUCUUGUAUGAGAAGAAGGAAGAGCAAAGGUGGAAAAGACCAAGAAGCAGCGACAGGGAUGAAGCAGAAGAAGGAGAAAGUGCCUGGAAGAGACCACACAUGGAUGAAGAAAGAUGUGAUCCACUGGACAUUUCCAGCUACAAUUUCCAUCACGAGCUGGGCAAUGGAUCAUUUGGCAAUGUUAUGUUAGCAUCAUUGCCCAACAGAAAGAAACCAGUGGCAAUUAAAAUCCUUAAGAAAGAGAACAUCAAGCUUAAAGAAAGAUAUGAGACCGAAGUGAAGGUGAUGAAGCUGGCUUGGAAAUGCCCUUUCCUGUGCAACAUCCAUGCAGCAUUCCAAACACAGGUACAAUUAAGUGUCAUAUUGCAGUGAGGUGUGUUGAUGUAGUGGCCUCUUGCCAAGAGAACAUACAAUUUGCUUUAGAGGGGAAUAUCCCUAUGCGAGUCUCACAGGGCCCAGCAAAUUUAUACCAGAGUUCAGAUUGAGAGGAGGCCUAGUUACUGCCGCAGUUGUCUUAAAUUACUGUUUUUAUUCGAAUACAUGAAAAAGAACUAAAAGUGUUUGCUGACUAGAAAAUAUUCUAUAGUUCACCUUGGCAUUGUAUCUACCCAUCAUUACAAAUGAGGUAUUGGAUCUCUUAUCCAAAAAAACGGUUAUCCAGAAAGCGCAAUAUUGCAGGAACGCCAUC